AUGGCCUCUCUUCGCUCAAUCGGGGUCCACAAGCCCUCCGCCCUGCAGUACCUGGUCCAAGAGUCCAUCCUGACCGAGGAUAGCACUGACGGCGACUAUGUCUGGGACACGUACUUGGACGACAACGACCCCCAGGGCCCUACCGACGAGCUCGUCACUACUGAGUACCACGUGGUCUGGUCCCGAGGUGGUGUCAUACGCAAGGUCUUCAACUUCGAGGUGGAGAAAGAGAAGGUCAAGCAGGCGCUGUUGACAUGGUUCCUGGUAGACGAGCCCUCACAUGGCACGAAUGAGGCCUCCGACAGCUCGACAGAGUACAACACAGCCGACCCUUCAAAGACUUUCCUGACCCAAGGCACACAGCCUGCUGCACAUCCCACCGCGCCAGCCAACAAUAAACCACCCACAACAGAGCUGCUGUCGCGUGCUCUCGUCGUCUUCUUGAAGUCGCAAGCACAUGUCUUCUUUCUUUCCGGCACCACGCACAUCGUGAACCUCCCAUUCGAAGUAGACAAGGCUUUUCCUGCAGCACGCGGUGUUGUUGUGCAAAGGAAGCUUGCUCCCCUUCAUCCUGUGCCCACGAGUCCACUGUUACCGUCAGCUCCACCAAAUUCCUUCCUCACAACCAACCAGUCAUUUCUCUCACAGCACUUCUCCUUCUCUCAGAGCUUUUCUAAGCCCCACCGCCGGCAUGGUUCUUCUAUUGGUGCAUCGCGGCACGGAAAGUCUCGCCUGUCUGGCGCGACCACGUUCCUAGAUGACUUGAUCACCCCCUUGAACCCAGAAUCGAUACCCAGGUUGUAUUCCUUUACAGACCCGCUGUCCGAGUUGGGACUAGUGGUCAAUGUCGUCGCGGGUGGUGAUCACAGCAGCCUGUUGACUAGCCAUGGCUCCAGCCAUCGGAAACUGGAAGCCAUCGACAAAGCUGAGGAGAUUAUCUACGUCUCACCGCGUAAUGAGCUCCUGUUCGAUCGCAGUGGAAAUGAUAAGCCCCUUCUGCUAGUAGUCACGGCGAAUCACGAGACGAAUGUAUUUACCAUCUGGUCUGCGGCUUACCUUGAGCCAAAAUCAAUAUCAACUUCUCGCAAGCAACACGUUUCCCUUCCAAUAAGCAAGUCCCGACGUCGUAGCUCAUACGGCGGCACUGCGCCAGGAACCGGAGCAACUACGCCAGCAAUUCGAGGAGCUGACAGAUUGAGAGAAAGUUUUGGUGGAGCUCCACGCAGCAAGACCCAGCCUCCAUCCUUCAAGAUUACUACCAAGGAGCGACUGUCUGACCAGGCAGUGGACGAUGCUCUUGCUUCACAGCUGAACCCCGACUCUGACAUUACUCGUCAGCCAAAAGAGUCUAGACGAGUGAGCUCACUGCUCUCACGAGCUGAGCUCUCCACGAGCUUCGACAAAAGCGCCUUCCAAGACCUCGCAACAUCUCGUAAUAGUAUUGGUGGCAGCUUUAACGCAAGUUUCAAUGCAAGCCAGCGAAGCCGCCACUCACUAGGCCACGAUCGCACAAGUUUCGGUGGCUUCUCGCAAUCUCGGAACCGCGCUUCUACUCCUGGUAGCGUCACAUCACGAAUGAGUUUGGGUGCUGUGUCAAUAGACGAUACUCUAGAUGAUGCCAUGGAUGAGGAUACCUUCGACACGAUAGAGGACUAUGAUGAGCUUGACGACCUGUUUGCGCCGCCUGAUGCCAAAGACGGACCACGGCCUGGAGACGGACUCCUUAAAGAGCUAAUAAUCAGUGUCAUUGCGGAGAUCCCCAUUACACAGCACCUGAAGAGUGGUCUUUUUGCUUUGGGAGACCCCUCAAAUACUCCGGUCAGUUCAUAUUCUUCAAGUGAAGUUGUGUUGUUGACAUCUAAACAGAACUGGCAUGAACCAAAGGUACUUACAUUGAAUGCACCUUUCAAUUCGGCGACGCUCCACGAGAGGAAAUUGUACUUGUACAUAUCACAUCCAUCGUUGCAACUUCCCCUCGAAUGCGAGCUAGCGGUCACACGGAAGCGACUCUCGCCAUCAGCAUCAGCAACACAGUCUGGGUCGGCAAGUGCAGCUCCUCGUUAUGCAUGUGUCCCGAAGUUUGUUGGCUCGCGGCAGCUAGAAAAUACAUUGGAUCUUGUGAAAGUCCGUGACGGUCAUAUCGAACGCAUAGUUCAACUCACAUCAAGAAAUCCCCAAGAGCCCUGCCUAUCGUUGACUGCGGGAUGGGGCAGUCACCUACCAGUAAAGUUUAGCUUGGGCCCUAUGAAGUUAUUCGACCCGUAUGCCAUCAUACGAUACGAUCAGAGUAGAGUGACUGCGGGCUCAAGACGAACGAUAUCACUGAGCCAGCCGUUGCAUAGUUUGUCCCCAUCGGGCGCGUCCGGGAAGCUAGACCUAUCUGAUGGCGAGCUGCGUCGUCACCGGAUGGUGUUGCGCCUAUCACCAUCGAACAGCUACGUGGCCGAACUUUUUCAAGUACUAUCAACAAUACUGCCAAAUUUUGCCGGCGAUUUCCUAUUGGAAGUAUGGUGGAACAUUUGCAAGUCUCUAUCUGAUGGGGGAGCCGAGCGGAUCACUGCAGAUUGGAUGGCCUUUGUAGCGACCUUGCUCACUCUUGCAGUACCAUUCAUUGAUGAAAAGAAAGGGAAGAUCAACACUCGUGCGAAGUCGACCCAGCGAAGAAGUUCAGGGCGCCCUGCAAGCCAAGCAAAACCAGAUGAACUCAUUGACGACGAAGACUCGGCAUGGCGACUCAUGUGUAGUCGUCAGGUUUCAACAACACAUCCAAAGAGCUGGAGAUCAUCUCCUUGGACCUGGGCUUUGCACUCAAGUCCGAAAUCGGCCACAAUGAGCCCGCUAAUGAAGCGCGACUCAAAGCAACACCAGCUACCAACAAUUGCACAGCAGAUCGGCGUUAAAGACAAUAUGAUAUCCACCUGCCUCGAGCUUGCUCGUCAGUACCUCCAGUCCCCAAUUGGCAAAGCUACCAAUGACCACUGGAGGCGACUUUCCCCUUCUGAAAAGCAAGAUCUUCGCAUUUCAUCUUUGUCUGAGAUUGUGGUGUCACUGCAUCUAUUCCGCGAAGAACGCAAGUUGGACACUUUAUGCCAAGGAUUCCAUGGUAAGGAGCCUGGGAAUCUCGCACCUGUGUUAGCACAGAUCGGCCACUGGUUACGUUGGGAAGGGUGGGACUGGAGACAAGGUGGCUUUUUCGACCUUGAUGGUGGCUCAGGCCAAGACUGGGCGUAUGACGAAACCACGUUGACUGGCAAAGUACGAUUGCAUGCGCAGCCAUGGGAUGCGCCCCCUUCAAUAUUGGACUGGCUCGGCACUGUCACAGGAUCCCAACACUAUGCUCCGUUCCCUACACUAGCGAUGCUCAUACGGAAGUCCAAAGCAUCUCCGCACUCAUCCAUCAAUAUUGACGAAAUCAUGGCAGGGGUUACGCCUAGAACUGUGGCAUUACACAGGUUCUUCCGAGAUAUCGACCCUGCCUCGAGCCCCAAGAAGAUAGUAGAGCUAAUCAAGGCUUGUCACAUCAGUCCCGAGAUGCUAGCGACACUGCCGGAAGCCGCGAAAGCACCACUCAUGGAAGCGAUUAUAAGAUGUCAGGCGAACCCACCUACCACAUGGUCGAGUUCACUACUCAGACUUGUACAACGCGAAGACUUGGAUAUCAGUCUUACUCCUAUCGCAGAAAUCGUCCAUGAUGCACACUUGAAUGCAUCGGGUGGAGCGCUUCAUGCAACUAGUACAACGAGGGAUGUUCACACUAUAUGUCAAGGCGCUGAUCGGAUGGAAGCAAUCCAAUCGACAUCCGAAGUUGACAGGCACUCUAUCACGCGACUCAUUUUCCGCGAAGAUCGGCGGUUCAUGGAAGCGUAUACACUGCUAGAACCUUUGCGACAGACUGUCGCGGAAUACAAAGCUGAUAGCAGACAAGACGAUGCAGCAAUGCUUGAGGGUCAGAAAGCACUCAUGCAAUGGGUCAUGAUCCGCACGUUCUCCUUGCCGUUGGGUAGUUCAAUGAUAAAAUUCAGCAGCAAGAAGCCUUUACUGACGGAGAAAUACCCUCUUUAUGGCUUUUCCACAUCAUGCCUCAUGAAGCCAAUGGGCAAUGUCGUUACAGCCGAACGACAGAACUACUCUGAGGAGAAGUAUUUCUGGGCUUUCUUCAAUGCCGGUGCUGCAGCUGGUCUGAGCAUAUCGCGAGAUGCUCAGGGUAUCGAUACUUCGUGGAUAAUGUACAACAAACCUGCGGAGCUGACGAACAAGCAUGCAGGGCUUUUACUCGGCCUGGGCCUUAACGGCCAUCUGAGGACAAUCGCAAAAUGGCUGUCGUUCAAAUACCUUACUCCAAAGCACACCAUGACUUCGGUAGGCUUGCUACUAGGCUUGGCCGCUUCAUUCAUGGGCACCAUGGACACACUCGUGACAAGACUACUGUCGGUGCAUGUCACAAGAAUGUUACCGCAAGGCGCAGCCGAGUUGAACCUCUCUCCUUACACACAGACUACGGGUUUAAUGGGUAUUGGUCUGCUCUACUACAACACCCAGCACCGCCGUAUGAGCGAGGUUAUGCUCUCAGAAAUCGAGUACGUCGAGAUUCCAGAUCCAUCAGAGCCACCAGACAGCCUGCGAGAUGAAGCCUACAGACUCGCCGCGGGUUUUGCACUUGGUUUCAUAAAUCUAGGCAAGGGCAAAGACCUUCGAGGUCUCCAUGAUAUGCGCAUCGUUGAGCGUCUCAUGGCCGUUGCUGUAGCGCCUAAGCCUGUCAACGUUGUCCACGUUCUCGACCAAGCUACAGCCGGAGCGGUUAUCGCGGUUGCCCUCAUCUUCAUGAAGACUCACGACCAAAUCGUGGCGCGCAAGAUUGAUAUUCCGGACACGCUGCCCCAGUUCGAUUAUGUUCGCCCAGACAUAUUUCUCCUCCGUACCCUCGCUAAGCACCUCAUCAUGUGGGACGACAUCAAAGCCUCAGAUUCUUGGAUAAUCAAAAACCUGCCGUACGAUUACCGCGAAGCCUGGGAUCUCAAAGGCAUUACACGACUCCGUAGCGAACAAAUGCCUUUUUACAACAUCCUCGCGGGCCUGUUGUGGGCGGUGAGUCUCAAGCAUGCUGGUACAGGGGAUACCCAAGUCCGAGACUUCCUGAUCAAGUAUCUGGACCAACUGAUACGUAUCAAUAAACUUGCUGCCGUACGCUACGAUUCCAAGCUAUCCAAGAACACAGUACGCAACUGUCAAGAUCUCAUCGCACUAGCCGCCGCUACCGUCAUGGCAGGAACAGGUGACCUCGACGUCUUCCGUCGUUUACGCGGUCUCCAUGGACGUAUCGGACCCGAUAUCCCAUACGGCUCUCACCUUGCUGCUCACAUGGCGUUCGGUACUCUGUUUAUUGCAGGCGGUACACAAACCUUCAGUCGAAGCAACAAGGCUAUUGCGAGUCUGAUAUGUGCUUUCUACCCCUUGUUCCCCUCUGAUGUCCAAGACUCAAGGGCACAUCUACAAGCAUUCCGUCAUUUCUGGGUACUCGCUGCUGAGCCCAGGUGUCUAGUCGUGCGAGACGUAGAUACCGGACGUGCGAUAUCUAUGCCCAUCACCAUUGUCUUCAAGAACACCCAAGAAGGCAACCAACAGAUGACGACAAGAACACUAGUAGCGCCUUGCCUUCUUCCCGAGAUCCACCUGAUCAGUCGCCUCGAGACGGCGGAUCAAACAUACUGGCCUACGAUCCUAGACUUUGUGCACAACCCACUUCAUCUCAAAUCCUUUGAGCGCAACCAAACGCUAAAUGUUCGGCGUCGCUCCGCUCACGAUACUUACGCUACGUCUUUCAGCGCCACCCUUGUCGCACUUAACGACGCCCAGUCAUCGAAGACUGCAAACCUUCUCUUCCACUGGAUUUUCACACUCCCUGCACUAUCGCAAUUCAUCUCGGCCAGCGACGCGGGACUCAUAUUGCCGCUCGAUCAGUAUAGUAAGAGUUGGCUUGAUCCUGGAGCUACGGUUGUGGAGUCGAGGUUGGUCCUAGGCAGAUUAGCAAAGAGCUGGAAGGUAGAAGAACUGAAGGAGUUGAAAGGCGUAUUUGAAUGGGCGGACGCAGCGAGUCGGCAGAAUGGACAACUGAGGUGGUUGGGUAGAGAGGUUGUGGAGAGGAUCAAAGCGGGGGUCAUGGAUAGAGGAAGGGGAAUGGGUGGGUAG